AUGAUCUUCUGUCAUCGAGUGUUUGCAUGCCUGCUUCCUAGAUGGUUAUCCGGACACAACCAAUGUAUUUCAUUAGAGUACGACAGUUGUGGCCAUCUCUAUGAUGAUCAACGCCUUAAAGAGGUCCGGCACUGGGAUGGUGUGCAUAUGUAUCAUAUUGCUUACUACGGCUACACUCAUGAGACCCUCUUCGUUUUUUUUCCAUUUAUUCCAUUUAUGAUUCGUUUCGUGCGCUGGUGUAUUGUGCGGGCCUUCCCGUUGUUGUAUCGCUUAGCGCCAGUCUCGUUUUAUGUUUCUGGGCUCAACAUCUUCGCAUCUGCCGGAGCUGGUGUCGUCUUACGGCAUCUGACCAUCCUUACGAUGCUCGGGCCCGAAACUGAAAGAACUAUCCAGCUAUGGCGAAGACAUCGGCAAGGAAGACAUGCAGGUAUAGGACGAGGACACUUAGCGACAGUCUAUGAGAUGGAUACUGAAAGACGUAGUGAAGACUUUAAGGAGGCUAUACCAACAUCCGCACUAUGCACGGCAGGAACUGUCCCUACUCUCUCGUCGCACCAUUGGGGAUCAAUAAGGGGUAUUUUGCAGGAUAAUCAGUAUGUGGUAAAUCUAAUCUAUGGGGUAGAUGAUAAUCAUGCUUGCAAAGCUGCGGGAAUCUUGUUGAACUUUCCACAUGCGCAUGCGGCUGCCGCGUUUCGUGUGAUCCAGGGGUACCAUGGGACUGUUCUAGACAAACUGUCUCCUUUUCUUCUCACGACUUCGAUACAUGACACCGCAGGGCUUACGGGAUGUCAAACGAGCCAUAAUGUUCUGUCUAUGUUCGACACAAAGGAUACUAAGCAGGGCAGCCACACUUACUUGCCUUCGCUUACCUCGGAAGCGGCAAGGGAAGUAGUUUUUCGUUGGCGUGUUGUGGGUGGGGCUGUUCUAGUUUGGCUGCUGACACCCGCUGUAGUAUUCACAGUCGCAAAUUACACGGAGAGUUUUUUCUCACUCUUUACAAUGUUGGGAAUCUACUUGUUAGCUUGCUAUCAGCCUUUCCCGAAGACGGAAGAUACAAAAUUUGAGGAAACAGAAGAGGUCAUAAUUUGUCGGUGCCCUUACCCAAGUCCUAGGUCCCCAGAUCGCACCGCUGCCGAUGGGAAAAGUGAUUGUAAGGAUGCGUGCUUGAUUCACUGGAAGCCAAAAAUCACAUCAUGGCAUGAAGUGGUAGCGAUUACGUGCUUCAUCGUUUCGAGCUGCAUACGGUCAAAUGGUUUCCUGUGCGUUGGGUUUCUCCUGUAUCCAACUGUACUGCAGCUUUUGUUCCCACAGAGCUAUCGCGAACGCUGGGAAGUACUUCACGGACCCUGCUGGGCUUCCUAUGUUCGUCACGUAGCAGAAAAGAAGUCAUCGAAAAUAGUGCCUCAAUUGGAGAGUUACAAAGGGACUGUUCGUGCACAUAGGGAUAGCGCAAAACCAAUUAAUAAGGAUGUAUAUGUUGUUCGUACGCUUUACACACCGACCCGCUUCCCCCAUCCACUCCGCCUCGUUAUUCUUCUUAUUGCAUGCGCCCUAAUUUUUACGCCUUACUUGACAAUGGGGUACUUGGGGUGGAAACGGUAUAUACCUUUGUGGUCUGAAGAGGAGAGACACAUUGACAGUAACCAUUUUUGGAAGUUCUACAAUGUUCUACAAAGGAAAUACUGGAAUGUGGGUUUUUUAAGGGCGUAUACGGUCACAAACUCUCCAAAUGUCCUCAUCGCGUUGCCGAUUGGGUUUAUUGUAGGCUACGCCUCCUACCAUUACGCCAUUCGACCGGCAUUGUGCUGCAGUUUUUGUUCAUCUUGUUCCUCUCUUUCAGGAUCCAUGCUGCAAAGAAAGCACCCGAGUAUUAAAAUGACACAAUGCGUUUGGUUAGUUUUGCAAUCUUUGGUUCAGUCCUCAAAUGUGGUCUACCUCUGUGUUCUCUGCCUGAUUGCCUUCACAAUAAUGCAUGUACAAGUAGUAAAUCGUUUUGUUAUGUCUAGUCCAGCACUGUAUUGGCUCAUUGGGGCGCAGCUUGGGACAAAGCCUAACGCGAGACUUACAUGGCUCAUUCUGUUUUACAUACUAGUGUGGGGGCUAACUGGUGGGCUUUUAUUUUCCAACUUCAUGCCCUGGACGUAG